AUGAAGCAGCGCCCCAAGGACUGGCGCCCGCAGUCCACCCCCUUCCACACGCGCAACCGCAGCCCCCGGCGGAACGACCGCGCCGUUCCGCUGGGCCCGCGAGGCGGAAACGGGGGCGAUGGCGGAAACGGUUCCGCAGAGAGCGCAGGGCGGAUGCAGCGCGAUGUGGCGGAUCUGGGCGCGGAGUGGCGGUUGGGGCCGGGGGAAGCAGUGGGGAGAGUUAUGUCCGCGCAGGCUAACUUCGUACGCGUGAUUGUGACGAGAUGCUGUGUGAAAAGCGAGAGAGAGGGCAUCGAGGAGCGAGGAGAGGAGUCGGGAGGUAGAAACGGUCACUCUCACCAAGGUGGAAUUGAUUGGGCUGCCCGCCAGGCUGUCGUUCAAGACGUUGCCCUGCCCCGGGCAUCUGAAAUUUUGGACCCGCCCGUGGCGAACGCGGACCACCUGCUGCUGCUUUUUUCGCUUGCCCAGCCGCCGCCCGAGCCGACGAACGUGAGCCGGUUUCUGGUGGCUGCAGAGGCGACAGGUGUCGCCGUGUCAUUGGUGUUCAACAAGGCGGAUCUCGUGGAUGGGGAGGUAGCGAAAGAGUGGCAGCAGCGGGCAGCGGAAUGGGGUUACCACAUGCUCACAUGCAGUGUGGAGCAGCGAAUGGGAAUCCGCCACCUGGCAGGCCCAGGAGGGCUCCUGGCUGGUCGCACUACAGUGAUUGCCGGGCCUAGUGGGGUUGGCAAGUCGAGCCUUAUAAACGCUGUUUUAGGGGAGGCUUAUAACGGGGACGCUGAUAAAGGGGAGGUUUGUGAUGCGGAUGGCUUGAAAGAGGGAGGGGAGGGAGUAGGUGGAGAGGCUAAAUUUGAGGAGCUGAGGGUUGGGGAGGUUUCGAAACGGAGUGGGAGGGGGCGACACACAACACGACACGUGGCCCUUGUGAAGAUACCUGAUGUGACUAUAGAGGUAGAAGCUGCUGCGAAAGUACCAGAUGUGACUGUAGAGGGAGGCGAUAGUGCAAUGCCUUCCCUUGCCAACGUCUCCUCCUCCGACCUCCCCAUGCUCUUCCCCGAGAUUCGUUCCCGCCUAGCUGCCUCCCCCGCUCCCUGCGCAUUCGCCGACUGUCGCCACAUCAGCGAACCCGGGUGUGCGGUGGACAGCGGUUGGGAGCGGUACCGGCACUACGUGAUGUUAAUGGACGAGAUCAGAGCGCGGGAAGCAGCUGAAAUCCGGGCCGUUGGUACAAAGAGGGAGGGCGAUGUGAGGUUGAAGAGUGGGGGAUAUGGGGUGGUAGUGGCAGAGCCGAGACUAGAAGCCAAGAAGCACAGGAGAGAGUCUAGAAAGAAAGGGAAGCAGCUGCUGCUGCAACAACUGGCUGUGGAGGAGGAGGAGGAGGAGGAGGACGAGGAGGAGGAGGAGGGAGUGGGGUUUGCAGGAGGGUAUGAGGGGAGUGGGAAGAGGCGGUGA